GCCUUUGCCUCCUCUUAUUUAGCUUUAUCCGUUAAAAUCGCAUCAAAGUCGUAGAUUCAUGGCGUCGAUAUAGUGACUGUGAAUUCACGAAAUGCACUGUUUCGUUUGUCUCUUACGUAUCGUAUUUGUUCUAGUGGUUUACAAUGAUUGUGCCCUAUGACGUUACACGAUUGGCGAUAAUACCAAACAUCCGUUUGUCAGUACCUCAUCAAGGUUAGAGAGAGCGAUUUCCUUCGAACUUGGAUUACAUACUUUGUUCGAAAACGAAGACAGUUUCACAAGUGAUUCGCAGUUGAGAACUUCGAACGAGAAACGCCUAUUAUGUGUUCUGUAACGGUGAUUUAUAGUUACCUCUUAACGAACUCACAGUACCCAUAUAUAAAAGUGUUCGUUGUAUUCAAUUUUAAACAGUACUUGCUGUUAAAUAGACGUACGAUUGAUUAUGUAUAACGUACUGUGAGGGUCUUUUACGUAUGAUUUGUUAUGUAAAGCUUUGUAAAAGGUUAUGUUAUAGUAUUUUGUAUUAUUCUUAAAUACGUAUGUAUAUACUCGUGUAUAAUUUAUUUUCCAAAUUUUUGGUUAACUUUUUAUAUCUCAAUUUCAUUGUGAUAAAACAAUCAACAAGAAUUUUAUAUAAAAAUAUUUCGUGUACGGACACUAAUUUCUGGAUCUUUUAAAAAAUAUCAGUUCAAUCGUACAAAAUUUUGCAGAAUCCAUUUAAUUGUGCAGAAAUUGGUCAGUUAGUGCAAAAAAUGUUGAUAAGAAUCAGCGCUAAAACAAUGUAAUCAAUUGGUAUAAUUGUAAUAUACAUACUUGCGUAAAUUUAAUUUCGCGUCAUGAUGAACAAUCCAGUUUUAUUGAAGUGCAAUUAAAAUGUUUUCCGAUGCCACAUAUAUCCUUUUUCUCUUUUAUUUAUAAAUUCUUUAAAUAUACUAUUGUGAUUAAAUAUCAGCGAUGGUGAGGACAUCUUCCAAUUGACUAAACUAAUAAUUAUCUUACAAUCUUGCACUCAGUGCCAUCUUUAGGAGGCACAGAUAUUAAGAAUUUAUAAUGUACUAACCAUAAGCGCGAAUCAAAUCAUUUCAUCACAUCUUGUUUGCGUCUGUGGUUUCACCAUUGAAUAAAUCUAUGAAUUAAAUUCUAUCUUUACAAUUAGUCAAUGGCAUAGAUGAGGUACUGUUUGAGAUUCAAUUAACAAUUGAGAUUUAAUUAAUUUUCGUAAUAAGGACAGUGUUACUGAUUUUAUUGUUUUUGACAAUUGACGACGAGUGUGACAUAAUUUUCAUAUUUGUCGCAGUAGAUCACAGAGGGCGUAAAAUACGAGACUUAAAAUUAUAUACGACGUCACAUCACCAACUAGUUGAUAGUCAAUGGGCAAUAUUUAUAUGUAACUACUCUGUCGUUAAUCGAUAAUAAUUAAAUAUCGAACAAACAAUAUUGUUUACUUUAUACAAGCAUUUCCAUCCCUAAUUUCCAUUCUUUGUUACUGGUUCUUGUAUGAUUCUAACACCUAACCUCUCCCGUAGUUCAACCUCAACAUUUGUGCGAUUCAAUUUAAUACAUAUAUGUAUUAAAUUCAGAGUUUCGGUCUUAAUUGUAUAUUUUAUUGCAUAUAAAAGUUGAAGAGUCAUGUCAUUGCACGAUAAACAUUCAAACAUCUCGGAACAUCCAGAAGAACCAUCCAUUUUAUCGUCCGAUGCAAACGAGCGAAAGUUGGCACGCAGACUUCGCAUACAACGACGUGUACAAGCACGAGAUAAACAGAUAAAAGAUCCGGAUGAAAAAGUCGAGGAAAUAACACCCAUCGAGAAGCAAAUACUUGAUAGCAUAGAAGCGUUGGAGAAGUUAGCCACGGAAGGAGAUGAAGUGGUUGCAGGUGUUCGAGUGGCGAAUGACGCGAAGGAGUUGCAGAGGCGAAAAGAGAUGCAAGAGAAGAGAGAGGAGUUGUUAAAGGUAAUAGAAGAGGAAGGCCAAAAGUCUAUGGAGAAGUAUCAUGAAAUUACGGAAAAAUGGCCUGAUAUACUUGCUUCGAAACACCCGCUGGACAUUCACGAUGAGUUGGAAAAGCAAAAUACCAAAUGCCUCGAGAUCCUGGAGCAGAAGGAUGCGUUGAUCGCGGAAUUGAAACAAGAAUUGGACAAUGCUGAUUUACAAUACACCGAGGAUGUGAAGAAACAAAAUGAGGAUAUUGAUUUGCUCAUCGAAAGAAUGGAGAACCAAAUACGAACGAUGACCAAAGCUUAUCGCCGAGAAGUAGAACUGAUCGAAAGUGUUAUCGAAAUGGAGCGAAAGAUGCUUUUGGAAUCCUCUUUAGAGAAAUGGAAUGUAUUAUUUAAAAAGCUCAAAGACGAUACGUUCAAAGCAACGGAGGAAAGGAAGGAAGUGAUGCGCGAAUACGAAGAGGAGAUGCAGAAAGUAAUGAUACAACACCAAGAAGAGUUUAGGAAGCAAAAGAUCAUGUUUGAGUUGGAAAUACAGAAUCUUCAGCAGGAAGUGCAAAAUAUGAAAGUCUUUUGCAUGAUGAAUAUUGAAAAAUUAGAUUAUAAUUAUGCAGUGCUGAAACGACGAGACGAAGAAAACACCAUCGUGAAGAAUCAGCAGAAGAGAAAGAUUAACAAGCUUCAGGAUGUUAUUAACAACUUGAAAAAGACUUACUCAGAUUUGGAAGAAUCGACUAGAAUGGAAAUUCAAAAGAUCACGAAUCAAAUAUUAAAGUCGCAUAGAGCUAUACAAGACUUGGAAGAAAAGUCCAACAAUCUCGCCGAGAUCAACGAUAAAAAGUACAUGCAAAUAUGGGAUAUGAAUAUUAAAACUGCGAACGAAUUAGUUGACAAGAUUUUGACGGCAGAUAGAAUCAUACACGAACAAUUGUUAAUAAUGGAAUGGCAGCCACCGGAGAAACAGUUGUUGAAAAAAGAGGAAUUACCUUCGUUUUGCGGAGCAAUGUGUGCCUUAAAAACAGAACAAGAGGAAGCUAAACAGAGAAAAAUAAUAGCCAAAUCAUACAAACCAGCGACUACUUUAGAAGAAAUUAAUUUGGAACGGCGCUUAUUAAAUCAUAUUCUAAAACUGAUUUCUGAGCACUGUGAUUAUCUUAUUGAAGAUACUUUGAAGAAUUUACUUUCUGAUUAUGCGGAAGAGGAUAAAUUAUUGAUUCGAUUGGAUAAAGUGUUCGAGGCGCUAAAAAUUACGUCCGAACAAGAAAUCCAAUUCUUAUUGAAUUUUUUUUUAACGUACGCGUAUUGCCCCACUUGUACGACCAAAAUUGUAAGUACACCCAGUGUUUGUGGACGGUCUGGGGAAAUUACUGAAAGUUCUUCGUCUUUGACCACUUUACUUGAUAUUUGCGGCAGCGAUACACUUGAUGCGGAAGAAGCUAAAUUAGUGGCAGCUAUGGAAGAAGCACUUUGUUCUGAGAAAUUGCAUGACGAUGGACAUGAAAGUGAUAUUGGUACAAAUGAAAAUGUACCAGAAUCUUCUUCGACCGAAACACCGGUUGUAAAUGCACAAGUCUCAACCUGUGUAUCUAAAGGCAUCAUUGAAGUUACUGACACGGAUGGCGAACCAAAACGAUCGUUAACGUGCAACAGAGGCCACUUGUUGACGGUUGAAACCGAGAUCGUUUCAAAUGCAUUAAAAGAUUUCGUGGAGAGGUACGAGUUCGUUAAGAAAGAAGCUUCGCCUGAUAAAAAAAUAAUUAAAGAAAAGGUCACGAUAUCACGUAAUAUAACGGACAACGAUAUAAUUGAUUUUUGGGAACGAUAUCAGAAUAUUUUUUCAAAAGACAAGGAAAGACUGUGGGAUAAUCUGUUGGUUGGCCUUAAAAAGUAUUAUGAAGUGUUGAAAGAAAGACACCAAUUAAAUGCUGAAACGCAAUCGUUACGGAAACAGAAUGCGGAAAUGCGUCGUUUAUUAAGUAGUUGUACAACACAGCUUGAAAGCGCGUGAACAAAUAACGGAAUGAGAAGAAAACGGAGUUUUGAAAAUAAAAUUUUCACGUUGCAGGAUCAAUAAUCGAAGACUAUAGCUUUUAUUAUUAUUAUGCUUACAACAUUAUGUAUUUUUUCAUUAAUUUUUAAAUGGACAUAUAUA